AUGGCGUCUUCGGCUUCGUGCCCGGAGGGGCUCCCCGGAGACGCCCCUUCGCAAGAAGAAGACGACGAUUGUAAUCUUGAAGACAGGGCCAGCGACUCUAGCUCCUAUUCGUCUGCGAGCAGCGGUGACUACGAUGAUCUUGAGCCUGAAUGGCUGGACAGUGUGCAGAGAAACGGAGAGCUAUUUUAUUUGGAACUGAGUGAGGGUGAAGAAGAAAGCCUCCUUCCUGAGACACCUGUUGUGAAUCAUGUCAGGUUCAGUGAAAAUGAGAUUAUUAUUGAAGAGGAUGAUUAUUACAAAGAAGGAAAAAAGUAUGAGCCCAAACUCAAGCGGUUUACCAAAAUUUUAAGAAGCAGAAGACUUUUACCCAAGCGCCAUCAUAAGAAAAAGAGCAAUGAUAGUGGGCCAGUCUCCAUUCUAAAGCAUCAGUCCAAUCAGAAAACAGGCGUCAUUGUACAACAGAGGUACAAAGAUGUGACUGUCUACGUAAACCCCAAAAAGCUCACAGUCACCAAAGCCAAAGAGCAGCUCAAGCUUCUGGAAGUGCUGGUUGGGAUCAUCCACCAGACCAAGUGGAGCUGGAGAAGAGCCGGGAAGCAGGCUGGCGGAGAGAGGCUGGUGGUCCACGGCCUGCUGCCAGGAGGAUCGGCCAUGAAGAGCGGUCAGGUGGUGAUUGGUGACGUCCUUGUUGCUGUGAACGAUGUUGAGGUGACCUCUGAGAACAUAGAGCGAGUUCUGUCCUGCAUUCCUGGGCCUAUGCAGGUGAAACUGACAUUAGAAAAUGCAUAUGCUGUGAAAAAGGAAUCGACUCAACCAAAACAGAAAAAUGCACAAUCAAAAACAGAAGGCGAUUUAGUCAAACUUCUACGGGGAGAGGAGAUUGAAGGUAACCAGCAGAAUGUGCUCGACACCCCUCACAUGGUCAUGUAUCUCACACUAGAGCUGGACUCAGAGACCUCAAAGGAGGAGCAGGAAAUUCUUUAUCAUUAUCCAGUGUCUGAUGCAUCUCAGAAACUUAAAAGUGUGAGAGGGAUAUUUCUCACGCUGUGUGACAUGCUGGAAAAUGUAACUGGGACACAAGUUACUAGCUCCUCCCUUCUUUUAAAUGGGAAACAGAUUCAUGUGGCUUAUUGGAAAGAAUCUGACAAGUUGCUGUUAAUUGGCCUGCCUGCUGAAGAAGUUCCUCUUCCUCAGCUAAGGAGUAUGAUAGAAAAUGUUGCCCAAACCUUAAAAUUUAUGUAUGGUUCGUUAGAUGGUGCCUUUUGCCAGGUUGAGAAUGUUCCUCGGUUGGAUCAUUUUUUUGAACUGUUCUUCCAAAGAGCCCUCCAGCCUGCCACGCUGCAUGGCAGGGCCAGUGCCAGUGCCCAGCAGUACGAGGCCACCAGUGCGGUUCUUUUAGACAAUCUCCCUGGAGUGCGGUGGCUCCCACUUCCACAGGAAAUCAAGAUGGAAUUAGACACAGCAUUGAGUGAUCUGGAGGCUGCAGAUUUUGCAGAACUGUCUGAGGAUUACUAUGACAUGAGGCGGCUGUAUACAAUUUUAGGGUCUUCUCUGUUCUACAAGGGUUAUUUGAUAUGCAGUCAUUUGCCUAAGGAUGAUCUUAUUGAUAUUGCUGUAUAUUGUCGCCACUAUGGCCUACUGCCUUUAGCAGCAAAACAAAGAAUUGGACAGUUGAUAAUAUGGAGAGAAGUGUUUCCUCGACAUCAUCUCCAACCUUCUACAGAUUCAAACACUGAAGUCUUUCAGGAACCUGAAGGGAGAUAUUUUUUGCUAAUUGUGGGCUGGAGGCAUUAUAUGUUGUGUGUACUGUUAGAAGCUGGAGGCUGCUCAUCCAAAGCUAUUGGGAACCCUGGGCCAGACUGUAUAUAUGUGGAUCAGGUCAGAACAGCUCUUCACCAGCUGGAAGGAGUAGGUUGCCGCCUAAAUGAACGGCUGGCAUCUUCUCCAAGCCCCUGCUUAUCUUGUGCUGACUGGUUCCUUGCCGGAUCACAUGAAAAAUUAGAUUGUUUGACAACCUCUCCUAUCCUCAGUAGGCUGCAAGGAAUUUCCAAAGCAGCAACCUCUCCAACCUGCAGAAGAACUCUUUUUGGUGACUAUUCCUUAAAAACACGUAAGCCCAGUCCUUCGCGAAGCAGUGGGGGAUCUGACAGCGGCUGUGAAGGUGGAGAAGGUGUUGGCCCGAGUCCCCACACUACACCAGAUGCAGUACGGAGGCAAAGAGACUCUGAUGGCUUGGAAGAAAGUGGGGCCAUGCUUAAGGUCACUAAAAAGAAGUCUACUCUUCCAAAUCCAUUUCAUUUGGGAAACUUGAAAAAGGAACUUUCAGAAAAAGAAUUGGAAAUAUAUAACACAUUGAAAUUGACGUCUGGGCCUGAGAACACACUUUUCCACUAUGUUGCUUCAGAAACAGUACAAGGGAUCUUUAUCACACCUACUCAUGAAGAAGUGGCCCAGUUGAGUGGCUCUAUCCACCCUCAGCUAAUAAAGAAUUUCCAUCAGUGUUGUCUCUCCAUUCGUGCAACUUUUCAACAGACCUUGAUGGAAGAGAAAAAGAAAGCAUUAAACACUGCAGAUCAUUCAGGGUCUACAAAUUCGUUGUCUUCUCUAAACCCUGUGAAAGAACAUGGGGUGUUAUUUGAAUGUUCACCUGAAAACUGGACUGACCAGAGAAAAGCACCACCAGUGAUGGCUUAUUGGGUAGUAGGGAGACUCUUUCUCCAUCCCAAAAUUCAAGAACUUUAUGUCUGUUUUCAUGACUCAGUUACAGAAAUUGCCAUUGAAAUGGCUUUUAAGCUGUUCUUUGGAUUGACCUUGUAA